AUAUAAGGAAGUUGGUUUACGGACAUUGAAACACUUUCCAUCAUACUCUCAGGAAAGUUAGGUUUAGUUGGGCUACAUGUAGUCAAAAGUGUAUCACUCUUAUUGAAACAUAACUUUUGUUAUUUUACAGUUUCACUUCAUGGUGCAAUUAUUUGCAUAAACGGGUUAUUUUCGUUUCCCAGCCGGCAGUGAAGGGAUUGACUAGCUGUGCGCCUGCUCAUUUUGCUUGCACGCACACAUCCGUCUAAAGCAGCUGAGAGAGAGGUGUUCUUCACUGUUUAACAACACAGACCAGUUUAGGUGUUUCCUGUACAUUUUGCAUAAUUGGCCCAGAUAUUAAAGAAGAUGAAGAGAAGAGACACGCCCCAAUUCAAGCAGAAGUCCACUCACAACUUGGGGAAAAAAGAGAUGCCGCGUCAGUUCCCCAAGGUCUUGCUGAGCGAGGUGGAUGAGUCAGUGCGUCUGCUGGCAGAGAAGGUGUAUGCCUCGGCGCUGAAGGAGGAGGACACCAAGGAUUCCCUGUCCAUGUACACGGUGUCUGAGGACUGUCCCAUUGGCAUGAACCAGGUCCGGGAGCGAGAGAUGCUCAAGGAGAUCGCCGAGCAGUACUCUGAGGAGAGCACUAAAAGGAAGAAGAGUUUCAAAAUGAAGCGUUCCCAGUCGUUAUCUCAGCAGUUCCCCAGUUCCCUCAACAUCAGUCCAGAGUGGGCUUUGUCUGUGGUCGCCCCUCUGUUCGCCCCUGGCGCCCACUGUAUCACAGAGAACUCCCUAGAGUUCCAGAGGGUCACCAUUAGCGGAGACUAUUGUGCAGGGAUCACAGUGGAGGACUAUGAGCAGGCAGCCAAGACCCUGAUUAAAGCCCUGUUUAUCAGGGAGAAGUACUCCAGGCUGGCCUACCACCGCUUCCCCAGGACCACCGCCCAGUUCCUCCGUAGCGCUGAGAACCAGAAGUGGAACGUGGAGGAGGAGAUCUUGCCAGACAUGUGCCCCUGCCCUCAAGAGGGGGAGGACCCAUACACUACGGAGGGCAUCCCUGAUGAUCUGAACUACACAUUGCAGAUGAAGGACGGAAUUGUGUAUGUGUACAAUGACGCAGAGGCCCUGAAGCAGCAGCAGCCCCGCAGCCUGCCCUACCCUGACCUGGAGACCUUCGCCAUUGACCUCAGCCAUGUCCUCGCCAUGAUCGCCGACGGGCCCACGAAAACCUACUGCCACAGACGACUGAACUUCAUGGCCUCCAAGUUCUAUCUGCAUGAGAUGCUGAAUGAGAUGGCUGAGCUGAAGGAGCUGAAACGUGUUCCUCACAGAGACUUCUAUAACGUCAGGAAGGUAGACACUCACAUCCACGCAGCUGCUUGCAUGAACCAAAAGCACCUGCUGAAGUUCAUCCAGACCACCUACAAGACCGAGGCGGACCGAGUGGUGCUGGAGAAGGGGGGCCAAAAGCUCACCUUGAAACAGGUGUUUGACACCCUGACCAUGGACCCCUAUGACCUCACUGUGGACUCCCUGGAUGUUCACGCUGGAAGGCAAACAUUCCACCGCUUUGACAAGUUCAACUCCAAGUACAACCCAGUGGGAGCCAGCGAACUCCGAGAGAUUUACCUGAAAACAGACAACUACAUCAAAGGGGAAUACUUUGCUCGCAUCAUCAAGGAAGUUGCCCAUGAGCUGGAGGAGAGUAAGUACCAGCAUGCAGAGCCCCGUAUGUCCAUCUACGGCCGCUCCCCUGUCGAGUGGGAGAGCCUGGCCUCAUGGUUCAUCCAGCACAAGGUGCACUCCCCCAACAUGCGCUGGGUCAUCCAGGUGCCCAGGAUCUAUGACAUUUUCAAGUCCAAGAACAUAAUACCGAACUACGCCAAGCUGCUGGAAAAUAUUUUCCUCCCACUGUUCAAGGCCACAGUCAAUCCACAAAAGAACAAGGAGAUGCACAUUUUCUUGAAAUAUGUAACUGGGUUCGACAGUGUGGAUGAUGAGUCCAAGCACAGCGACCACAUGUUCUCCUACAAGAGCCCCAAACCUGAGGAGUGGACCUCAGGCGAAAACCCACCCUACAGUUACUACCUCUUCUACAUGUACGCCAACAUCAUGGUGCUCAACAACCUGAGGAAGGAACGAGGCCUCAAUACCUUCCAGUUCCGGCCCCACUGUGGCGAGGCCGGGUCCAUCACCCACCUGGUCUCUGCCUUCCUCACGGCUGACAACAUCUCCCACGGCCUCAACCUAAAGAAGAGUCCUGUGCUGCAGUACCUGUACUACCUGGCCCAGGUCCCCAUCGCCAUGUCUCCUCUGAGCAACAACAGCCUGUUCCUGGAGUACUCCAAAAACCCUCUGAAGGAGUUCCUCCAGAAAGGCCUGUGUGUGUCCCUGUCCACCGACGACCCCAUGCAGUUCCACUACACCAAGGAGGCCUUGAUGGAGGAGUAUGCCAUUGCAGCCCAGCUGUGGAAGCUAAGCACCUGUGACACGUGUGAGAUCGCCAGGAACAGUGUGCUGCAGAGUGGUCUGUCUCAUCAGGAAAAGCAGCACUUCCUGGGGCCCAACUACCUGCAGGACGGGCCGGAGGGAAAUGACAUCAGACGGACCAACGUGGCUCAGAUCCGCAUGGCCUACCGCCACGAGACUCUGUGCAAUGAGCUCAGCUUCCUGGUGGAGGCCGUAAAGACCGAGGCCAGCGGCACCCAGGUAGAGUGACCACAGCACAGAGACCCUUUUCACACUACUGAGCUGAGCCAGGCUUAGCCAAGCUGAGCCGUACAGUGCUUGCCUGGUCAGUGGUUACACAUUCACUGCACAGUAGUUGCUAGAACCGUGCUGGAAAGGUCAAUGUGAAAAGAUAGUAUCUGAGACAGCACUGUAUGGUUUGGGUCAGGAGAUAAUGUGACCUCUAGUCUCUCUAUUUCAGCUCUAGACCACAGCUAAGUACUGUACUGGGUCAUUCCAUGAAAUUAGUGCCUUUUGCAUCCCUUUGUUAUUUUAUGUAGACAUUGUGCACCAAUAUUGAAUUUUAAAAGCCUUUAAUAUUAAAUAGUGACUUUUAAUAUAGACCACAUGGAGAAUUCAAUCAUAUUUUUUACUUGAACGAAGACUUGCUAAAGUGCCAAAACUCAGCAUUUUGACAUGUCCCUACAUGCACCUUCUGUGACUUCUAGGAAGAUUCAACCCAUUUAACCCCAAAAUGUCUCAUGUUUUCACCAUCAUGGUAAAGCCCUAGUUAUUUUGUUGCUUUGACAGUCAUUUCUAAAAAUUAUUAUUAAUUGAAUCCGAUUAGUGAUUUAUUUACGUCAGUCCCUCAUUUUAACGUCAACCAUGUUACGUGAACUGAAAUUCAAUUUUAAUAUAUUGAAACCAUUCCUUUAUAAACUGUUUUUUCAAAAGAAACAUUGAACAUUAAUUGUCAAAUCAUAGUGUAAAAGCAAGUGAGCUGGUUCUACUCUUCUUGGCCAUUUGCUGGUGUUUAGUGGCAGAAAACUGAGAAGGUCGAGCAUAACAUGUCAACCCUGUUACCCAUAGAUAUACAGAUAGACGUUUGCAUUCAAUUGCCCCUCCCUGUUGUACACAACAAGUUUCCAUUCCCCCUCUCACAAGGGGAUUUAUGGCUGAUUUAAAAUGAAAUCGUCAACCCUGCUACAGUCAACCCUGCUACGGUCAACCCUGCUACGGUCAACCCUGCUACGGUCAACCCUGUCACAGUCAACCCUGUCACAGUCAACCCUGUCACGGUCAACCCUGUCACGGUCAACCCUGUCACGGUCAACCCUGUUACUUUAUUUGACACUUAAUAGGCUCUAGUAAUUUUUUUAUUUAACCUCGAGAUGGGGAAUGUGUUUUUAUUAAGUUGAAUGUGUACUCUUUAUGACAGAAUGUAAAAUUAGGAGAACAUACAUUUUUUUAAAGCAAGUUACACUUCUCAAAAGGCACCGAAUUGGUGGAAAGAUCCAACUGUUACGGGCUAUGGUAAUACUGAGAGAAUAAAUUAAUAAGACCGUACUGUGUAAGCUACACCCCAUCAAGCCAAGCUAACAGCACCAUACUAGGCAAAUCACACAGUACCCAUGUCCUCUUGACUCAUUUGCAUGCAGGUUUUUUAUGAUCUUUGAGAAAGCAGAACUUAAUCCUUACCUGGUUCUCAUGUUCAACUAGAAAACCAGUUUUGUAGUUGAACAUGAGAGCCAGAGGGACACUGCCUGUACACUGCCACUCCCAGGUCCUGUUCAACAAAUACUACCAACUGUGUCAAUACAAGAGUUCUCACGCCAGAAUGAAAGCCAAUCCGAGAGCAGAGCCAUUUUUUGCCUUUCUAUUUGAAUUACAGUACAUAAUGGUAGAAGGGAUAUUAUUGUGUUCUAUCAGGUGAAGGGACUCACAUUUAAAGAAUAGCCAUACAUUUUGAUGCACUGUUACUAAGUUUGUAGCUGGGUAUGAGAGCGAGUGGUGUUUUUUAUUAUACAACUUUGGUAAGAGGUUAACUACAGAGCACUUUCUAUCAUUUUGAAUGCUUCUCUUAUGUGGUCAUCAUAUCAUUGACAAAAAGCACUUGACAAAAGGUGAAUUGUAAUCAUGUGCCGACUAUGACAAACUUUCACCCUAGAAUUGGUUCAUUGUCUGAAUGCAGCACAAAUGUCACUCAACUGUACGUGUAUGAUCGGGACAUUUGUUUUUAUAUGACAAUAAAGAGUUACUUAGAA